CGUUGAAACAGGUGAUGGCUUCCCGCCCAGGAUUUUACCUGUGUCUGCCUCUGCUUUGCGGCGCGCUCCGGGUUCAGGCUGUGGUCGGGCCAGGUCCGGCGCCGAGCCCCGGAGAGGUCGCCCCCGUGAGGAUCGGGACUUGGCUUUCCGCGGAGAGCGCGCACCUAUCGGCGCGCGAGGACGCGCGAGUGAGGGGCGCCGCCGAGCUGGCCGCCAGCACCGCGUCGUCGUUUUUGUCAGGUGCGCAGCAAAUGUGGCCCACGUGACUUGGUUUCAUAGCCCAAGCAAGAAGCUCAAGGAGAUUUGCUUCGACAGUGCGGCCAGUCUUAAGCCCGUUGCUACUCGAGAGGGACGUCAGCAAAUACUGCAGGUUUCUGUGGAAGAAUUCAAGCAGCGUCAAUUACAACAGGUAGGGGGCGCCAAUGGUCAUUCGUCGACGACGGCAUCUUUUGGAGCCAUCCGAUCGUUUUCAGGUGUGGCCAAGCAAAGAAAAACUACAAACAUGAGACGUGUCUCGACAUGAAGAUUCCAGAUGAGCACCUGGCUGGCUGCGAAGUGCACCCCCAGGCUAACUCUACCCGCGCCGUCGUUCUCAGGCGUCCGGGCGCCGGCGUGGCCGACGUGGACUUCCUGUUGUACCUCCACGUGCAAGCGUCGGACAAGUGCAGGGCGCAGCCUGGCCUGUUGGCCUACGCCGCCCACUGCCGGACGGACGCCGGAGGGAGACCUUUGGCUGGCGUGGUGGUCCUCUGCAGGGAUAGACUGACCAAACUGACUGCGCAGACCGUGCUCCAUGAGCUGCUCCAUGCGUUGGGCUUCUCCAAAGAUCUUUUUGACACGUGGAGAGACUGCUCGUCCGAGAAUGAUUUUUCAGCCGGUGUCACUUGUUCCCCUCGGGGAAAAGUGACUCACGUGGACGGAUGGGGCCAGAUGAGGCUCUACACCCCGUCCGUCAUCUCGGCGCUCCGGAGGCACCUGGUCGCCGCCGACCCUGAGCUGGGGGCGCCGCUGGAGAACUGGGACGCAGCCCCGGGGAUGGCGUCCUCACACUGGGAGUCCCGACUACUGCAGGGUUCCGUCAUGUUGGCCACGCCCAGCCGGUCCGGCAUAGCGCGGAUCGAUCCGCUCACCUUGGCCGCCUUUCGGGACACGGGCUGGUACGUCGUCAACGCCAGCCGGGCGCAGGAUCUCGUCUGGGGAAAAGGUGAAGGAGCUUUGUUUGGUUCCACGUCGACCUGCCACGACAACUCGUCAUCCUUCUUCUGUAGCGGCAGCGGACUGGGAUGCCAUCAUUUGCAUGGGCACAAAGCGCGGUGCCAGAGCGAUCACUACUUGGACGGCUGUCGCAUCUACAAACCCCUGGAGAAGGGCAGCGAGUGCUGGGAGAAAGCAAACGAAAGGAAUUCAAAUGAAGAGCGCCAAGGCGGGGAGAUCUUUGGUCCGGACAGCCGUUGUUUCUUCUCCCAUCUGAGCACACUUAACCACAGUCAGCUCAUGGUGACGGGACGAUGCUACAGACACAAGUGCAGCGGACUAAACCGCUACCAAGUUCAGGUGCUGGGCUCCGAUUGGGUGGACUGCCCAGCAGGUGGCAGCAUACAGAUAAGAGGAUACCGGGGUUCUGUUUUCUGCCCCAACGAGAGAUUGUGUUUGGAUUGGGACGUCAGGCCUCCCUCAAAGGCCGAGGAUGGUGUCCCCACAGGUCAGCCAGAGGUCACCAUAGUCCAGGAUGACACCCGGUCAGCGUACGGACCCGCUACAGAUCCCCUGGUCACCACUGCGCUCUGCGUUGUUGUAGCAGCACUGAGUGUCCUGGUUUUCGGUCUGGCCAGCUCCAGAGGUUCCCCCUGCAAAGUUCGGAUUCAUCCGGCUUUGGGGCAUGUGUAAUUGUUGAGAAGAUCCUCUUUCCGGAUCACUGUUGCAAACAAAAAAAACCCCAAAGAACUACCUUGUGACUGCAUGCUCAUUUGUGGUGUGUGUUUUGUUUUGGAAUCAUGAAUACAUUAAAUACGAAAACUCUCACUCAUGAGUAGAGCAUGUGUUAAGAA